GAGGACCAGGGAGAGGAGGACCAGAAGCCUACGGAGAACUUGGACAUGGAUGCCCAAGAUAUCGACGUAGACGAAGCCGAGAAGAGGACGGACGACACCGAUUUCAGUGUCGCCACAAGACGGAGGAAGCGGGUGCGAGUUUCCUCCUCCUCCGAAGAAGAAGAACCCAGGCAGCCAAAGAUGCCAGCUGCCACCAAGAAGAGAGGUCCUAGAGCAACCAGGACCACCGAGGCCCCCAUGGCAGAAACAGGAGUUCCGCCAAUCAAUAUCGAGGGCACUUCUGAUUGGUCAUCCUUGAGUAGGAUGAUGAACAGCAAGGGGAUUCAAUUCUCCAAAGCGAGGACGGAGGGUACCAGUGUGAAGGUAUUCACAAAUACACCAGCUGACUACCGUCAGCUAGUCGCACUGCUGGAAUCCAUCAAGCGGCCCUUCUUCACAUAUCAACUGAAGGAGGACAGGAUGGACCAGAGGGUCAUUCGUGGGCUUCCGAGAGAGAUGUCAGUCAAUGACAUCAAAGAGGAUCUAGUGAGCCAAGGCAUCGCAGACGCCGAGGUUCAGCAGAUGACCUCAAGGACCACAAAGAAGCCACUUCCGCUCUUCCUCGUCAAGACGAAGAUGCCGGAAAAGCUUGCAGAGAUCCAGAGGCUGGCCAUGCUCACGGAUACUGUCGCUACGGCUGCCAUCGCAGCCCCAUCUAGGAAAAGGAGAUUGCCCGAGGAAUGGGAUGAGAAUACUGUCGCUACGGUUGCCAUCGCAGCCCCAUCUAGGAAAAGGAGAUUGCCCGAGGAAUGGGAUGAGGAUACUGUCGCUACGGCUGCCAUCGCAGCCCCAUCUAGGAAAAGGAGAUUGCCCGAGGAAUGGGAUGAGAAUACUGUCGCUACGGUUGCCAUCGCAGCCCCAUCUAGGAAAAGGAGAUUGCCCGAGGAAUGGGAUGAGGAUACUGUCGCUACGGCUGCCAUCGCAGCCCCAUCUAGGAAAAGGAGAUUGCCCGAGGAAUGGGAUGAGAAUACUGUCGCUACGGUUGCCAUCGCAGCCCCAUCUAGGAAAAGGAGAUUGCCCGAGGAAUGGGAUGAGGAUACUGUCGCUACGGCUGCCAUCGCAGCCCCAUCUAGGAAAAGGAGAUUGCCCGAGGAAUGGGAUGAGAAUACUGUCGCUACGGUUGCCAUCGCAGCCCCAUCUAGGAAAAGGAGAUUGCCCGAGGAAUGGGAUGAGAAUACUGUCGCUACGGUUGCCAUCGCAGCCCCAUCUAGGAAAAGGAGAUUGCCCGAGGAAUGGGAUGAGGAUACUGUCGCUACGGCUGCCAUCGCAGCCCCAUCUAGGAAAAGGAGAUUGCCCGAGGAAUGGGAUGAGGAUACUGUCGCUACGGCUGCCAUCGCAGCCCCAUCUAGGAAAAGGAGAUUGCCCGAGGAAUGGGAUGAGGUGAGUUUUUGA